CAGACGCUGGAGCUCUGCCAGGGUGCCCGGGCGCGAAUCGUCUCCGUGUGCAGCCAGGGGGGCAGCCUGGUGUGGUGUGAGGAGAGGCCGCCCCUGGGUGCCCACUCAGACAUGAACAAGUGUGCCUUCAGGUUCUGUGUCUGUGCCCGUGCUCUGGAGGUGGGGGAGCAAGGUGUGCGCCUGGGCACCGUGAGGAUAGUCCUGCACAACAGCCCUGAGUACCAGGUCCUGGCCUCCCCCCAGCAUGUCUUCCUGGUGCCUGCUGCUGCCGGCUUUGCCACCACUUCCAAAUUCCUCCUCAUCUGGCAUCCCGAGACAGCAGAGCUCACCGUCACAGCCCCCUCUGCAGGCUUCAUCCACAGCAAGGUGCUGCGCUCCAGCAGUGAGUCGGACUUCAGGAAACUCCUGCUGCGUUCUGUGGGCCUUCUCUCAGGUUUUGCACCUCUGGACAUUCACACCUCCGCUGUGUCCAGCAGUGGGGGUCUGCUGCUGGUGAGCACGAAGGGUGCUGUGAAUAUGGUGGAGCCAGAUGGGACACAGAGGCAUGUCUUUGACCUGGAGGGGGGCCCCCUGGCCCAAGGGAGUGCUGUCCAGAUGAAGACCUUUGGCAGCAUCCUGGCCUGUGUGCUGACUGGAGUCCUGUACCUUGUCGACCAGAACAGUGGAAGGCUCAUAGAAAAGGAAGUCCUGAGCACGAAAGAGGUGCAUUUCCUGGAGUUCCCAGGAGAGGAGGACAAUCUCCAGCUCCUCACUCAAACUGGCAUCUACAGCUUUAGCUUCUCCAAACUUGAAGACAGCAGCAGACCUGAGCCAUGCCUUGUGGAGAUGGUGUUUGAGGAGGCCUGCAGAUACUACCAGAGGAGGAGCCUCAGCAGCUCUAAGCUGACAGUGGAGAAGUUGAAGAAAGGUGGUGUGUUCCAGGCUCCUGUGGCCCUCGCUGCCAUCCUGCAGCACAGCCUGAAGCAGAAGCCAGCCCGAGGCCUCCAAGAUACUUAUGCCAAGCUGUUGAGCACAAUGAGUCUGGAGCUGCAGAGCUACAUGAGCCUGGAGCUCCUCAAGACCUGUGUAGUGUGUGCUCCAGAGAGUGAGGUGGAAAGGUACUGCAAGGAACUGGUGGAGCAGGAGGUCAGCCGCAUUCUUCACUCUGACAUGGACAAGGACAACUUGGUGUACCUGAACUCUGUCUUUACUUCCUUCCCCAAGGCUGCCUGGAAGGCCACAAGGAGCUGCCUGCAGCUGCAGCAGAAUGGGGAUGGCCUCUUGGUAGCCAGGGCCACCCCAGAGGUGUGGAAGAAGGUCCUGGGAGGACCACAGCUGGAGGAGGUGGGUCAGAAUGGGAUGGUCCCACUCUUUGAGCUCAUCUGUGCCUCCUUCCUGAGGUUCAAACCCAAGUGGUUGCCCAGUUUUGUGGAGCUGACCCAGCAGUAUGUUAGCAUCUCUUGGCCAUACAGCAGCAAGGAGGGCCCAGAGGGCCGAGUGCCACUGUACAAGAGAGCACUGGGAGUACUGGCCCGGAAGAACAAACACAGUGAGGAAGAUGAUGAGAUGGAGCUCGAACUGCUGCUCUGCAGCAAGAGGCCUAAGGCCGUGCUGCAAGCUCUGCACCUUCUCAUCCGCCUGAAGCGGUGGCAGCGCGUGGUGGAGGUGGCAGAGAAGUUCUCCAAACUCAGCCCCUUGCUUAACAAGGAGAUAUUCACCACGCUGCUGGCUGAGUUUGCCCAGCACCGGGAGCUGGACCCUUAUCUGGACAGGCUAUGGCCUCUGUGCCCCACUGAGCUCACUGCCUCAGACAUCCUCACUGUGGUCCUGCAGCACCUCCCUCACUCCCAGGAGGACCCAGUGCCUUUCUCCAGCGAGGGGAGCCAGCUGACUGUGGGCUUGCUCAAGCCACUGCUGCAAAAGGUUGUGCAGCAUCCCAGUGUCCAGGAAGAGAUGUACUCGGAUGCCUUGCAAAGCCCCACCUUCCCCCCUCCCACCCCACCCCGAGAGCACAAAAUCCCCUCAAAAGCAGCGGACAAUGAUGCCCCUCAGCCACCCAUUGCAAGGACUUCCUCACCUUCAGCACUGGUACAGGGUGACACUGUGUGA